AUGCAUCCUGAUCGGAAUUAUCACUACAAUGCUUCGGAAAGUAGCGGGUGCCAUCGGAGCAAGCCGUCAAAGAGCAGACAUCGCGCAGGCUAUUGGGGCACGCCAGUGUCCGAAUGCGACACUCCCUGGUCAUUGCUCAAUGCUACCUUUGCAUGGCUCGAGCACUGGAAGCACGAGGUCGAUUUCGUCGUCUGGACGGGCGACAACGCGCGUCACGAUAUCGACAGCCAGUUGCCUCGUUCGCUGCCAGAGAUCAUUGCGUCGAACCACCUGCUCGCAGACCGCAUGAGGGGAAUCUUCGGACACAUUCCCAUCGUCCCCUCGCUGGGCAACAACGACAUCUUUCCCCACAAUAUCAUGUUCAGUGGGCCAAGCCGUGUCACAGAAGGCAUCGCCGCAGCAUGGCACAAAUUCGUCCCCGAGGGAGAUUUUCACGUCUUCCAACGAGGCGCAUACUUUUCCCGUGAAGUCAUCCCGGGCAGACUCGUCGUCGCAUCACUCAAUACGCUCUACUUCUACGAUUCAAACAAGGCAGUAGAUGGAUGUCCGAUCUCCAAGCAUGGUGUUGUCGAUCCGGGUACGCUCGAGUUGGACUGGCUAGAAGCUCAGCUGGGUAUAUGGCGAGCAAGAGGUUUGCAAGUUUAUCUCUCGGGUCAUGUACCGCCUUCGCCUGGCAACUGGUACGAACUCUGCUAUCAUCGCUACGCCGAACUCGCCAUCAGUUUCCAAGAUAUUAUCGUCGGCCAGCUAUACGGUCACAUGAACGUCGAUCACUGGUUUUGGUUUGACAGCUCAGAGAUCUUGACGCUUGACGAACGACUAGCUGUGCAGAAUGCUACCAUUCACAGACAGUCAGAUCACGAGAUUGGUGUGCGAAGCAUAGACGAAGACCUCUUGAGCGACUACAAAGAUCUGCCAAAGUAUCGCAAGCUAGAUCUCGAUGACUAUAGCAUCGUCACCGUUUCGCCCUCUAUCAUUCCGACCUAUCUGCCUGCACUACGAAUCUUCACAUACAAUGUGUCCCACCCCGACGACCGCUACAAACCUGGAUCUUUGGGGCUGUCCGGCUCCUUUGACAAUGCUACGUCAGGAGCAGAGCCAGCCUAUGCUAUCGCUCCGAACGCGUCUACAACUGCAGCGUCGUGGUGGUCUUGGGAGCUUGGAGAUGUGCUACCGUUCAGUCGCAAAGGCAGUAAGCGCAAAGGAGGUAACAAGCGCAAUCAUCGCCAUAGACACAACAAGAAGAAGCGCAAGCGAAGGCGACCCACUAUUCCUCGACACGCAUCACCCGAUGCGCCCAGUCGUACCAGUCGCUUUCUCACGCCCCUGUCACAUACGACGUGGUACAUCGAUCUGGACGAAGCGAACCAACAGGAAGGCUAUGGGCCUGGCAAUAACGGUUCGCAUGGCAAUCGACAGCCGCCUUCGUGGCAGAUAGAGUACACCACGCUCAGCCGACAAGCGCUCGCGAGGCAUCUACUCGGUAAGACCUCCAAGUCGGACGGGCCCCUUGCUCUGCCCGCAACCAUCGCCCAUACUGUACUCGACCGUAUCGGCUUUUCUCUCUCGCCUUCGAUCAAUGAUGAUACAGUGCGAGCACUCUCAAGGAAAAUCAAAGCGCAAAUGGUACCCUAUGGACUCCCUGAUCUGACUAUCGGUCGAUGGCUCAAGCUCGCUCGUCGAAUGGCGAAAUCGAAGAAUUGGCCAGAUCAGGUCCACCGCAUGUUUGUCAGUUCGGGUGCAGAAGAUGAUUGA